AUGACAUUCUACCCAAGUGAACUGCUCAACACAACUUGCCUCUUUGCCUUGGAUAGCCAGUCCAAAUACUCCCCCUGAUUGCACGCAAUCCCAAAAUGGCAGACCCAGAGUCCAAACCAGCCCCCAACGAUGGGUCAAGACGCUUCACGCCCAGCGUACUCUUCAUCUACGACCUCCUCGUCAUCUACUUUUCAAACCCCUUAGUCUGGCACUGCCCAACCGGGAAACACCUCCUCCCAUUAUUCAAGGAGAACUUCUCAACCCGCCACCUAGACAUCGGCGUAGGCAACGGCUACUUCCCCAUCGCCGCCCUGACCGCCAACAAGAAGUCGAACGGGGGCAAACCACCCGCGGGCCAGCACCUGACCCUUGUGGACCUGAGCCCACACUCCCUGGACGCAGCCAAGCAGCGCAUCCUGUCACGCCACCCCGGCGCCGUGGACAUCCGGACCGUGCUCGCCGAUGCGGCGCAGCCGAUUGCCGCGGCGGCGCUGGGCGGCGAGGAGGGGCGGCCCUCUUUCGACUCGGCGUCGCUGUAUCUGGUGCUGCACUGCAUGCCCGGCCCCACGGCGCAGAAGGCGCGCGCCUUUGGGGUCGCGAGGCAGCACCUGUCGGCGGAGGGAGUGCUGAUCGGGUCGACGGUGCUGGGGAAGGUGUGGGAGAGGGGGGAGGACGGCAGGUAUCGGGUGAAGACGGACAAGGUGGGCUGGCUGACGGGGUUUGCUCUGAGGUUUUACAACAAGAGGGGGAUAAUGGAUAAUUACGAGGAAGACCCGCAGGUGCUUGAGGAUGUGCUGAAGAAGGAGUUUGAAGAGGUUGAGACGCGGAUUGUGGGCAUGAUGCUUCUGUUCAAGGCCAAACGGCCGCGCGUGGGUUUGGAUAAUGGCAUCAAGGUGGACGAAUAAGAAUCUUGGGGGGGCCUUGAUGUAAUCUGCCCAUCCCAAAGGAAGAAUGUAUCGGCCUUUCCUUUGUCAAUGGAUCUUUCUCUAGCUAAUUAAUUCGUUAUGGGGAUGAAUCAAGAUGCCACUUUGAACCGCAU